AAAAAAAAUUCAAACCCAUCUCAGUUGUUACUUUUACUGUGAAAUUCAAAAACUAAAGCCAUCUGAAUUAUCGGUGUUAUUAUUUUAUUUAUUUUAAUUAUUUCCUUAAUAUAAUUAUAUUAUUAAAGUCUUAUACUUAAAGUUACUUGGAUCGGCAUAGUUUGGUUCUCUGUUCAUCUCCAAAGUUCUGGUCUUGGUGUGCCACUGUGAUUAUAUACACCUUGUUUCCUGCUUAUUAUUUAUCCAAUUUUAAUUUGUUUUGACUGUUCGUUGCCAUUUUGUUAACGGAAUCCAAUACUAAAAUAGAAAUGGAUCUUAAUCAGCCAAGCGUUUUCAACCCAAAAAUGUUCAAUGAUGAAAGAGACCAAGUCCUCGGAUUGUUCAAUAAAUUACAAGCGUACUGGGGAACUGGGAAAGCAUUUUACAUGCAAGGCCAAGCACCUAUCGAUUUAAAUCAACAUCAACCCAACCAUAGAUUUAAAGCCAUCGGUUAUUCCAAAAUUAAAUCCGAGGAAGCAAGUGAAAGCAAAUUUGGUGUUGUUAUUUCAAUGGAAGGAGGUGAAAGUCAGAUGAACACGGCCAUACUUCAAUACGAGAAUAAUUUAAAAGGUUUAUUUGGUCAAAAUUAUGUUCCCAAAGUAGAAGCGAGCAAAAUUUUACCAGAUAACAAAGCUAUGUUGAUGAUUACAGUAACAGAUACAGCAACCAACCUUAAAUUACCAGCCCGACAAAUAAUUCUUUUCCUCAACCAGAUGAAUGUCAAAAUGCAGUUACCAAAUGUUUUCCAAAAUAAAUUCUGUCAAUUGGUUCCUUUACAUCCUCCGUCAAAACAAGAAAUCGACGAGUAUCUAAAGGUUGUACCAGCAGGGAUCGAUGAGCUUAUAUGGAAUCAAGCCAAGCUAAAUAAUCCUGAUCCUGAAAAAUUUAUCCCUGUUCCUUUGAUUGGAUUUGCUGCUCUUAAUGAACGGUUCAAGUUACAGGAACAAGAAGUUCAACAACAAAGAUUACAAUUAAAAUUAAUUAUGGACGAGAUAGAAAAUAUAACCAAAAGUAUUGCCGUGAUAAAAAUUUUGGUUGAAGAAUGUAAACGGAAAAAUGUUCUCUUAAGUAAUCGAGUUUUAUCUCUAAUGGUUUGGCAAAUGGUUAAAAGACGUCGCUUUUAUCCUGUUCAAGCCUAUGAAGAUCAAUUGAGAGCAAAAUUGGAAGAUUUACAGCGAGAAAUCAAUGAACAAGGAAAGCUAAAAUCAAAUCUAAAUGAUCUGAUGAUUAAACUGAAACAACUUCAAAAUCAUCAGACCGCACCAUCAUUUACUAUUGAUGAAAAUCUCCUGAAAGAUGUUAAAUCACACCUCACCCAGGAACAAGAUGCCAUUCAACAUCUUUUAUCAUUAGUUAAAAAUUUGCCUAAAAAAACUCAAACUUGAUUAUUUUCCCGAUUGCUAGGAAAGUUAAUCAUUUUGACCAAACAAUGUAAAACUGUUAACUCAUACCUAAAUAGCAACUCCAACUGCCUUUUCUAAAAUUUCAGUCUUGAAACUCUUUCUACACUGAUUGUUAUAUGAUAAACUCGGUUUACUCGUCAAAAUGUUAAACAAUUUAUUAAAUCUCAACUAACAGUGUCUAUUUAAUCUGAAACCUUCGUACGGAUUAAACAAGAUAGUUCAAUGACUAAGAAUGUAUAAUAUUUCAAGGUGUGUAAGGGUUUUAACCAUGUUUUAUCCAUUAAAAAUUUUGAAUCAGUUAUUAA